GCGUAAGUUCCGAAUUGGUGCGAAAAUUGUUUAUUGUUCCUUUAUUGAUUUAUUUUUUUCACAAGGUUUAAAUGCGGGAACGCAGUUCUUUUUUCACCGCGAAAUGUAAAUUUUGUUAAGUAACUAAAAUAUUAAACUGCGUAAACAGGUUAGUUAUUAAUUACUAUCUUGUGGUUCUAGAAAAAGUUCGUUUUGAUGAUGGAAUAUUCGAAAUGAUUCAAAUUUUUGUUUUGUUUUCAGUAGUUUUAUAUUUUAGUAAUAAGAGUUUUUUUGUUUCUUUUUGGGGGAGCAAGUAGCAUGUAAAAUUGUAACCUAACGAUAGCUACUUUGUAUAUAAUAAAGAAAAAAGAAAGAAAAGAUUUAAAGAAAGAGCGUUGAAGAAAAUAAAGAAAAUAACAAAAAGGAAUUCUUUCAACGUUGGAGAUGUUGACCAUUGCAAUAAAGUUUUUGAGUCUCUUAGUAUUAAUCUCAUGCUCCCAACAUGGUAAACUGCACCAAGAUGAAAUGUGGCAAAAAAUGAACAAAUCUCAAUUCUCCUCUGUUAGAUCAGUUGGCGAUGCUAACGUCCCCGUGAAAAUAAUGUCAAAUGCUUGUAUGGGCGAGUUCUGCGACCCUGGACACGAGCCCUACUCAAAUAUUGUCGCUGCGAUGACUGGAUAUAAUAUUUUAAAGGGAAACCCGUAUAGCACUGAGGUAGAACAAGAUCCUGGAUUUGAAACAGCAUAUAUUUUUUCUCCAGUCGUACAGGACAAGGACACUCGGUAUGCUUUGCAUAGUGGAAUUACAGUCCGUCAAGUAAGAAAAUGCGAUAUGUCGACGAAAAUUAACGUCUUUUCAAACAUUGAGGGAUAUAGACGACAAAUGAUGAAAUCUGAAGAAACAGAAACAUCGUUUCAAACAAACCCACCAAUUGAUAUCAGCGGAGAACUGGGCGGCGUUGAACUUUCCACUACGAUGAAGGAACUGUACAAAAGCUCAUCAAGUCAAAGUAAAGCCACUCAGGCGAAUGCUGAGUAUUUUGCGAAGAAAAAAGGUGUUGUCACUAUCAACGAUGCCACGUGUGCAGAAUACGUUCUACAAAUUUCUUAUCGGAAUCCACCAAGAUUUUCUGAAACGUUUCGAAAAGCUUUGAAAGUAUUGAAUACUAUAGUGACCAUGGCGGACGAGGAAGCUAAAAGGAUAUUCCACGCUUUUAUCAAUGACUUUGGUACCCACUUUUUAACACAUGUAACAAUGGGAUCGCGACUUGCUAUUCAAAGAAGAUACACCAAAAAAGAAUACAAGCAUAGCACACUUAAACAAAUGGAGAAAUGUAAUAAGGAAAGAAUGGGUGUCAAUCUUGUCUCCUCUUUGAACACCGAAACAUCAGCUUGUAGUCAGUUUCAAGAUUCACAACUGGAUAACACUUUAAGUCAAUUUUCGCGAGAAGAAGUAAUCUCAUAUGGAUCAAAGCCUACCAUUGAUUUAGAAUCAUGGGCAGAACAAGACUUCGUUGCACCAUUGCCUAUUAAAAUGAAAAUGGACCCUAUCAUUAAUCUAUUCGACCGCUCUUUUAAAAAACAUGACGAUGAUAAGGUAAUCGAUGGUGAACAAAUUAGAUACCGUGCAAUAUUAGCCAGAACAAGACCGUGGUAUGCUACCUUGUGUGUGGAUGAAUACGGACAAAACAGCUGUAAUCCUGAAAGAGAGGGCGUAAUAUGUGGUGUAAACGAUGGCUGCGAACCUCUCAAAGAUGAGUGUUUGCAAACGGAAAAUGAAGAUGAACAACCAGAAGUUAUUUGCUUUGAUGGAAAGACAAAAAGGAUUAAGCAGAAAGCAGCAAGUUUAAUUAAAAAAGUCGUUGAAAAAAGAAACGAACAAAAUUUCGAAGAUUCGUUUUCAAAUAUUGAAUUUGAUUUAGCUGAAAUGUUUACCGAAUUCACCCCCUUCUUUAUUUACGCUGACACAUCAAAUACUGAAUGUCAAAAAGGCGGUGGUCAAGCGUUUCAAUCCGCUCUUUCUCGUUCACGCACUUUGUACUUUGGCUGGCAAGCAAAUUUUGUCAGUAGUAAUGUAUAUAAUGAAAUCAAAAUUGUCUUGAAAAGGUUUGACGACAUCGCACAGCGAAAAAACGGUUGUAAUCAUUUGUCACUGGAUAAGGCAAAAAAAAUCUUUACAGAUAAUUUUCACGAUAAGAAAGAUUUGUUUGGUUUUGUAUUAAUAUGUUGGCACAACAAAGAUGGGAGUAAUCCACGUUCUUUAUAUCGUCGACACAUUACAGAUGUUCAGAAACAGAAGCUUCUCUCCGGAUGUGGCAGCUCAGAACUUAGCAAUGUAGUUGUAUACGCUGGAGCUAAGAUUUGAAAAGACGGUCGCUUACAAAAAUGCGAAAGGAGCAAACAAAAUAUAGUAAAAAAUUGAAAUUAAGGAUUCUUGUAUUUUAAAGAAUGUAAAUUGUAUUAUGCUUUUACACAUAACCAAUUACUUAUUUCUUUAUAAAAAAAAGAAGACGAAUUUUAAACGAAUAGAAUGAAAUAAUUGGAA